AUGGAGAACGGCGAGGAAGUGCUAGCAAAGAUCCCGAAUCCGAAUGCCGGCCAUUCUCAAUAUUGCGUGGGCAGUGAAGUUGCGACCCUUGAUUUUCUUCGCAGUGUUCUUGGUAUCCCCGUUCCUAGGGUUUUGGCCUGGAGCUCUCCAUUGCAGCCUAACUCCGUGGGUAGCGAGUAUAUUCUCAUGCAGCGGGUAAAAGGACGCCAAUUGAGCGGGGUUUGGGAUGUCAUGUCUGAAGUGCAGCGCUUCGGGUUGGUUAAAAGCAUGGUAGAAAUUGAGAGGCAGUUGAUGAGCGCACAGUUUACGAGCCAUGGCAGUCUAUACUACAAGGAUACAUAUCCGCGUGGCAAAGAGCUUACUGAGAAGUUCGUCUUUGGUCCAACAACUGAGCGGACUUUUUGGGAAGACCAGAAGCGUGGACUUGAUAUUGAUCAGGGUCCUUGGGAAACCGCGCAACAAUACCUUUCAGCUGUCGCGAACCGUGAGAUUACCUCGAUAAAAAGGCAAGGCUCAAAGACAGCAAUUGCAAGGGAUAAACAUGUCCGGCUUCUGGAACAGUUUCUAACACUGCUCCCUCACAUAUUACCACCGGAGGAGCUUUCUAGUCCUGUCCUGCUGCACCAUGACCUUCAUUCAGAUAAUAUAUUUGUUGACGACGCAGAUCCAACAAGAAUAUCAAGCAUAAUUGACUGGCAGUCUGUGCAUCCGGCUCCCCUGUUCAUGCAAGCAAGGUUUCCUGCGGUCUUCGAUUGCGAUGACCAGUAUCCAUGGGGCGCUGUCCAACCCGAGUUACCAGAUGACUUCCAUACCCUCUCACAAACGGAAAAAGAGCUGGCUAAGGACAAACUUGCCAGGGUUCGGUUGAAGAAAUUCUACGAAUUAGCUUCAAGAAAAUUCAACCCUCUUCUUGCCAAGGCCAUGGAUUUCAUGAGAGACGAAGAUGACCCUACAACGUUCAUUUUCCAUCUUAUCGGACGGUCCACCCUCGAUGGACCGAUCCCGCUCAAAGAGCUUCUUAUCCAGACGUAUGAGAGAUGGGGCAAAAUAGUGAAGCGGAGAGGAUUGGAGAUCCCAUGCCCUAUUUCAUUUCCGAAUGAGGAAAUCGAAGAAAGCCGUCGGCAGGCGACUGCGUGGGCGGACGCGUAUAAUGAGCUGGACACGCUGCGAACGCAGGUCAUGGGUAAAGAUGGAUGGGUCUCGCAUGAGGAAUUUGAAGACGCCAUGCGCAGGUGGGAAGAAAACCGAGCAACUUUUGAAAUCCUUCGAGAGCGAGUAGAAGAGUUGGCUUCAUAA